AUGUCAUUGUUCAGAAGUUUGCAAUCACAACCAAGGAUAAUAUCAAUUUUCACAAACAAUAUUGCAGGCAAUAGUAGUGCUAAACUGAUAUAUGAUAAAUUACGUCAGAAUGAAGAAACCAAAGCCGUGGUGCAUAUGGAAUUGCAUGAGAAGUUUCCAACAUUGGAUCAGUUAAAGUAUAUGAAUGAUAUGAAUCCUAAAUUAUUAAAAGAUGAAAUUCCUAAUAUAAAUGAGCUAUUAAAGAAACCAAGUCAUGAUAAAUUGUUUGGGUCUAAUCUAAGUCAAUGCACAGAAAUGGGGAAUUGGAAAUCUAACACAACUAUUUGGGUUGACUGGGAGAAACAAAAAAUAGGAAUUGACGUUAAGAGUUUGGAAGAUGAUUUAGGGAAGAAUUGA